GCGCCGACCCGGGGAGGUAGUCGUGUCCGCGGGCGUCGCCUGAGGAGACUCGGAGCCCGGAGACUCGCGCAGCGCGAUGGCUCCCAUUGGCCUCAAAGCCGUGGUCGGAGAGAAGAUCAUGCAUGAUGUGAUAAAGAAGGUAAAGAAGAAGGGGGAGUGGAAGGUGCUGGUGGUUGAUCAGCUGAGCAUGAGGAUGCUGUCCUCCUGCUGUAAGAUGACGGACAUCAUGACCGAGGGAAUAACAAUCGUGGAGGACAUCAACAAGCGCAGAGAGCCGCUCCCCAGCCUGGAGGCCGUGUAUCUCAUCACUCCGUCUGAGAAGUCCGUACACUCUCUCAUCGGUGACUUUAAGGACCCACCAACCGCUAAGUACCGGGCUGCGCACGUCUUCUUCACAGACUCUUGUCCAGACGCCCUGUUUAAUGAGCUGGUGAAAUCUCGAGCCGCCAAAGUCAUCAAAACUCUGACGGAAAUCAACAUUGCAUUUCUGCCCUACGAGUCCCAGGUGUAUUCCUUGGACUCUGCGGACUCUUUCCAGAGCUUCUACAGUCCCCACAAAGCUCAGAUGAAGAAUCCCAUACUGGAGCGCCUGGCAGAGCAGAUCGCAACUCUGUGUGCCACCCUGAAGGAGUACCCGGCUGUGCGGUAUCGGGGGGAAUACAAGGACAAUGCUUUGCUGGCUCAGCUAAUCCAGGACAAGCUUGAUGCCUACAAAGCCGAUGACCCAACGAUGGGAGAGGGCCCAGACAAGGCACGCUCCCAGCUCCUGAUCCUGGACCGCGGCUUCGAUCCCAGCUCCCCCGUGCUUCACGAACUGACUUUUCAGGCUAUGAGUUAUGACCUGCUGCCCAUUGAAAAUGAUGUAUACAAGUACGAGACAAGCGGCAUUGGAGAGGCACGGGUGAAGGAAGUGCUCCUGGACGAGGAUGAUGACCUCUGGAUAGCACUGCGCCACAAGCACAUCGCAGAAGUGUCCCAGGAAGUCACCCGUUCCCUGAAAGAUUUUUCUUCCAGCAAGAGAAUGAACACUGGAGAGAAGACCACCAUGCGGGACCUAUCCCAGAUGUUGAAGAAGAUGCCCCAGUACCAGAAAGAGCUCAGCAAGUAUUCGACUCACCUGCACCUGGCUGAGGACUGCAUGAAGCAUUACCAAGGCACCGUGGAUAAACUCUGCCGGGUAGAGCAGGACCUGGCCAUGGGCACAGAUGCUGAAGGGGAGAAGAUCAAGGACCCCAUGAGAGCCAUCGUCCCCAUUCUGCUGGAUGCAAAUGUCAGCACUUACGACAAAAUCCGCAUCAUCCUUCUCUACAUCUUUUUGAAGAAUGGCAUCACUGAGGAGAACCUGAAUAAACUGAUCCAGCACGCCCAGAUCCCCCCAGAGGACAGCGAGAUCAUCACCAACAUGGCUCACCUGGGGGUGCCCAUCGUCACUGAUUCCACACUGCGUCGCAGGAGCAAGCCAGAGCGGAAGGAGCGCAUCAGCGAGCAGACCUACCAGCUCUCGCGGUGGACCCCGAUCAUUAAAGACAUCAUGGAGGACACUAUUGAAGACAAACUUGAUACCAAGCACUACCCUUAUAUCUCUACGCGCUCCUCUGCCUCCUUUAGUACCACCGCAGUCAGCGCCCGCUAUGGGCACUGGCAUAAGAAUAAGGCCCCAGGGGAGUACCGCAGUGGUCCCCGCCUCAUCAUUUUCAUCCUUGGGGGCGUGAGCCUGAACGAGAUGCGCUGUGCUUACGAGGUGACCCAAGCCAAUGGAAAGUGGGAAGUGCUAAUAGGUUCUACUCACAUUCUCACUCCCACCAAAUUUCUCAUGGACCUGAGACACCCCGACUUCAGGGAGUCCUCUAGGGUAUCUUUUGAGGAUCAGGCUCCAACAAUGGAGUGAGAGCCAAAGAAACAAAGAUCCACGCACAUUCUCACCCCACAGAAACUUCUGGACACGCUGAAGAAACUGAAUAAAACAGAUGAAGAAAUAAGCAGUUAAAAACAUAAGCCUCCCCUCCAAAAAACGAACCCUCUUCCCACAGUGCUCCACAGCCCCUACCGCUGCCCGCCUCGGUUACUUUGCUGACCCCGUCCCUCCACUGCCUCCCCCAGCUCUGCACGCCCUGGCCGGCACUGUCGCCGCUGCGUUCUCGUGUUUAAUGAUGCCCUCUUCUUGUGUGAAACAAAAGAAAAUAAUGCAUUGUGUUUUUUAAAAAGGGUAUCUUCUAUAUGUGUCCUAAGAGGAGAAGUUCCCGCGUAAGGGACACGCUGCUGGAGAAGUUGUAGAACUUUCUAGAAUGAAUGGACACCUUCUUCCCAUUAUUAUGAUUCCAUGACCUUGUAUAUAACCCAGUGCGACAUGCGCAAAUUGCUUGAGUAUGGGAAGGUAGACGUUUGGGUGUUUUACAAAAUCCGUUUUGGGCUGUUCCUGGUUUUUUUUUCAGGAAUCACAGAGAUGUCUGUUCCUGGAAUAUUUCAAACUGAGGAUUAAUCUGUUGGCUUCACUCUAGUUCUUACCCCCUCAGCCUGCUCUCAUCCAGAUAAACUUAGCAGUGAAGAUCAGGUGACAUCUUGUGAGGUUCGAGCUGGAAGAGACCUCUUAGUCUUCCCCAGUGGCUUACCAUCCCUGUGCUGGGGCUGUGGGAGGGGCUGGAGGUGUUCCCAUGAAGUCAGGCCCAGUGCUGGGCUGCCUGCCCGCAGCCUGUCACCGCUCCCUGCCCCACCCCCCACCUUUACAGCCUAAGUCACAGUGCCCAGCGAGUGUGGAGCAAGUCCCACCAGGACUUUUGUCUCUUGGAGAAGCAGUUAGGCUGGGCUUUUUGGCCAGACCCUUUCCUUCCCCGGGCACUACCCCCGACAGAACUCCUCUUUCUCAGUGGGGUCAGCACAGGCGGAGCCCCAGGUGAGGAAUGAACUAGAACGGAAUCUGAGCAGAGGGCCCUUUCCUGUAGACAAAGGUCUAUGCCCCUAAGACUUCAAACCCCCAGAAAAACAGCCCAUUGGAUUUAUGCAGACCCUGUUCCCACUCAGAUUAUCCUCAGUUUAAGAUGCUUCAUAAUACAUUAUUUUGUGUCGUGUGGGGUCAUACGUCAUCAUGCUUAUAAGAGAAAAUGAUCAUUUUAUUCUCUGUAUAAAACUUAGCUCUAAAGCAAAAAUGAAAGAAGCAAACGCAGAAAGGAUGUCUCGUCAUCCUCCAGACUCAGCAGCUCUCCGUUCUCCAAUGGUGAGCGCACCACAUGUCCUGCUGCUGGUGUCGCAAAAUAUGACAGUGGAAGUCACAAAAAUGUCCCCUGCCCAGCCCCCCGCUGCCCUUGAGCCCCUGCAGACUGUGUGCAUAUUACUGUCUCGUGAUGUCCCUGCAGACGUGGUGUGUGCUAGCUCCACGCGGCCGCCCGCUCUCCUUUCGGAGUGCGUUCCUCGCCCGCCCCGGUAGACGCUUCGUGGUGUUCUCUUCUCAAGGCUUCGGAAUCUCCCCGGCGCACUCAGAUUAGUUUUCAGGCCCCUUCUCUCUGUCUCCCUUCUCCCCCUGAAGAUAUCCCCGUUUCCUUAGGACAGAACCGUAGGUGCUUGCACUGGUUUGUUUGUUGCUGUCGCGGCUUGUUUUGUCCCCUCCCCCUGACCCGACAGGGCUCACGCUUCAGGGCCUUGUGUGUCGAACAUGUUGGGUUUCCUUUCUCUGUUAUUUAUAUAAAAAUAAUUUAUCAAAAGGAUAUUUUAAAAAAGCUAGUCUGUCUUGAAACUUGUUUACCUUGAAAUUCUCAGAAUCUCAUUGUUGGAAAGUAUUGAAGCACAAACAUGUAUCAUCUCUGUACCGUUCUGUACUAAAGCGCUCGAGUCUAAUAAAUCAGUCAGUCAGCACCCA